CAAGACAUAUGCUAAACUCUAUAUAAUAGGUCUCGGACGGUAAAUAAAAGCAAUCUGAACUCAGUGAUUCAACGCAACCAUGAUGAUUUAUACAAUUAUAUUUGUUAAAAUUUCAAUAAUUUUGGUGCUUCUGCUUCAUUUUUCACUGGCAGAUGUGGGCACAGCAACAUUUUAUGGUCCUCCUUAUGUCCCAACUUCUUGCUAUGGAUACAAUCAAAGGCAAUUUCCAGCAGGCAAUCUUUUUGGAGCGGCUAAUGAUGCAAUUUGGGACAACCAGGCAGCCUGCGGAAGGAAGUACAGAAUUCGAUGUUUGAGCGGAACAAGUAAUGAAAGAGUUAAUCCAUGUAGAAAAAGAUCACUUGUGGUAAAGAUUCUGGAUUACUGCUCUUCUUCUGCCUGCGAUAAUGGCGACGCAACUUUUCAUUUAUCUGCUGAUGCGUUUUCUCACAUUGCUCAUUCCUCUGCUAAAAAGAUUAACGUCGAAUAUGAGCAGUAAUACUCCAUCUACCUACCUAGCAUUUUCAAUUAUCACAAACGCAAUUUCACUUAGAGAAUGUAUAAUGUUGGACUGGGCAUUUGGCGGGCGAAGGGGAUUCUGAAAUUUCGAAUUUGCUCAUCCAUGGCUGAUCUUUAUUGAUUAUGUUCUUUUCAAUUAAAUGUGAUAUUGUCUAUAUCUUU